CGCUCAGCGACAGAAGAGAAAGGAUUUGCAAAUGGAGGCAGCGGAGAUGUUCUCCCUCUGAAAGAGAAAGGGUGCAUCUGACCAUGUCUGAAUCACUGUAUGAGAAGUUUUUGGCCCCGGAGGAGCCGUUCCCUCUCCUCUCCCAAAGAGCCAACCUCAGUGAUGUGGGAACCCUGGACGUCAGUGACUUUGGAUGUCAGCUCUCAUCUUGUCACAGAACAAAUCCUCUACUCCGCUUCAACAGUAACAGAUGGAACCUCACUUCCUGUGGAACGAGUGUUGCCAGCUCAGAGUGCAGCGAGGAGCUCUUCACCUCUGUGUCUGUUGGGGACCAGGAGGACUGUUACUCCCUUCUAGAUGACCAGGAACUAACAUCGCUGGACUUGUUUCCAGAGGGCAGUGUUUGCAGCGACGUCUCCUCCUCCAUCAGCACCUAUUGGGACUGGUCUGACAGCGAGUUUGAGUGGCAGUUGCCAGGUAGUGACAUUGCCAGUGGCAGUGAUGUCCUCUCGGACAUCAUCCCGAGCGUGCCAAGUUCACCUUGUUUGUUUUCCAAGAGAAGGCCGAAGUCCCACCCCCAUCGUAACCUGGAUGAACUUCCUUGGAGUGCCAUGACCAACGAUGAACAGGUGGAGUACAUCGAGUACCUGAGUCGGAAGGUCAGCACAGAGAUGGGCCUCAGGGAGCAGCUGGACAUCAUCAAGAUCAUCGACCCAUGUGCUCUGAUCUCUCCCACCGACAGCGAGUUCAUCAUCGAGCUCAACUGUCUCACAGACGAGAAGCUCAAACAGGUGCGUAACUACAUCAGAGAGCACAGCCCCAGGCAGCGGGCCAGCAGCACCAGAGAGAGCUGGAAGAGGAGCAGUCACAGCAGCGCCAGCACCGGCGGCGUGAGCGCAGCCAGCAGCAGUAAUGCCAGCAUGGUCAGCUCCACCAGCUCCUCCACUUGCUCCACAGCCUCCAACUCUGUAGCUGGUGGCACAGCCUCGGCUUGUAGUGGAGGCAGUGUUGCCAACAUCAGCAGAGCGCACAGUGAUGGAAACCUCUCCAGUGCUGCAGAGCGUAUACGAGACUCUAAAAAACGUUCAAAGCAGCGUAAGCUCCAGCAGAAAGCCCUCCGCAAGCGGCAGCUGAAAGAGCAGCGACAGGCCCGCAAGGAGCGCCUGAGCGGACUCUUUCUGAACGAGGAGGUGCUGUCACUACGGGUGACAGAGGAGGACGACCAUAGCGACGACCUGGACAUACUGAUGUGACAGCAGUGAAUCAAUCAGUGCUCCCUCUAUGCCUGCUCUCUCCAAGUCCGGCCACUGCCAUAGAGCUCAGAAACCACGCUAGAUCUUCAUCACUGCACGCAUUUGCUUUGAGUAGGCUACCAUAAUAAUGGGUUUUGUUUAAAGUAAUGUAGAUUUUAGUAGCCUUUCUGCAUAGCUUGACAUCUUGCUUACUUAUACUAGCGUUACGUGCUACAGCUUUAAUUGCCAGCUUCUGCUAGAACUACCAAGGUAGGUACAGCAAUACUGCGAAUGCUUUCAUUAGAUAUUGACCUCAGUCUAACCUGCUUAUAACCAGUGCUAAUGCUGAAAUGGCCUAGACGCUCGCAGAUACACAAAGCUAUGCACUGCAGUUACUUCAGCUUAAUACAACAAGAGGAGUCGCUUAAAGAUGCUGAACCAGCGUUUAUCCACUGCUACUAAUACAGCCACCGCUGACCGACGGACAGAUCAGGCAAGACAAGCAGAGUUUGGCUUUAUCCUUUAGAUGCUGUGAGGUUGAAAAGUUUAUUUUUUCAUAACAUUACAGGAGAAACUAAUGAAGUUGUUUGGCUUUAUUUGAGCCCUAACUGGUUGUAGGGAUCUUUAUCUGUACCAGCCAAACUCUGCUAAUCUGAGGCUAGAGUUUAAUCCAUUGAAUUUCAGGUUAUAGCGGCAAAUACAUGAGGAAAUACUACCGUUUAUACACAGUGUCUUUUGAAAGGAUGAAGUAAAAAAGAGAACAACCUUCAAAUCUUGCCAAUACACCAGAGUUUAAGAGUUUUUCUUUGUGAUAAGGAAAUGGAAGCGAGCUGGUCUGUCUUUCUACCUGCUGAGUGUUGUGGUUCCAUUUCACUCUCAAGGCUUAGAGGGAGCACUGAAACACUGCAUGUUUUAAUCGUCACCAUACCGUGUGGUCCAGUAACUAACAACUUGCAUCACUUAUUUGCAUACCCUUGUUUAGAAUUGGCUUACCUGUAUUGUAAAUAAAUGAUAAAUGACGGCUUA